AUGGCCGUGGAUAAAUCCGGCGUUUUGGAGAUUUCCAAGUGGCCCACGGCCCAAAAGUUUGUUGCUCGGUGCGCUGAGUUUUUAGAUGAAGUGCAAGACCUCACUCCGGGAAAGGAUCUAGAGGCGAGACUUAACAGAGACUAUGGCCCGGGAAACCCAUACUACGACGAUUUCUGCUCAUACAUCCGGCAGGGACUCAAUGAGGGGUGGGUAGCAGAAACGGAGCUCGACGGGCGCAAGUAUCGCAGAGGAAGGAUCGCUUUGCCCACGGCACAGACGAAAUAUUGUAGUAUCACAACGGUCUUCAUGGACAGCCAGGAGGAAUACUCCGGCCAAUACCACGCUCAUCCUUACGGCGAGAUCAACUGCGUAGUCCAGAUCGACGAGGGUGCGGAGUUAAAAGGAAUGCAGGGCUGGCAAGGAGCUGGGUGGACUUCACCAGGGCCUGGCACGCACCACUAUCCCCAGGUGCGUAAGGGUGCUUUGGUCGCAUUGUUUUUCCUUCCAGCUGGGCGUAUUUCUUACAAUGCCAAGCCGGGCGAACCACAGCCCAUAUCUCUUUAA